AUGAACACAGGCCACCGGCGGACCAGAGUGUUGCUCUAUGCUAUGCAUGUCCAAGAUAUCCUAAUCAGUUGGCAAGAGGAUCUGAAAGGCUGUGCUUUAAUCUUCUAUAGAGCAGUGGGGUCUCUCAACCAAGCAGCACUGUUCGGCAAGCCCUCACCACUGAGGAAAGAGGACCCAAGAGUCAGAAUGAUUCCAUUCCCUACCAGGAAACCUAGCUUUAAGGAGGUGAAGAGAGUUCAUCAGACUUUAGCCAGUAUUGAAGUUUAUGAUUCCAUGGAGUCAUUCCAAAAGGCAUUGUUAGCUUUACCUAGUAAGCUACCACCUAAAACAGGUUCAGAUACAAGUAUUGAAAAACGCAAGAAAGAAAAAAAGUCUAAAGUUAUUGACAGAGCUAAAUCAAGAGAACGCGCUCCACGCGAACUUCCUACGCAUCCAACGCAAGCUAUUUCAAGCGAAGAUGAAGGACCAUGCUACAUCGACUCGGAAACCCCAGUGGGCUGGAUCAAAACUUUAUCGGAGCAAAGUAGUAAAGGGAUUAUUACUAAUUCUAGGAAAGAUCUUAUUAUUGAUAUCAAUGAUACUGAAAUUGUGAUGUCAGAUUCAGAAGUUGAAGAGGAGGGAAAAGAAGUACAAAAGAAGGAAGUCAGAAGAAAAAAGAAAAAUAAAGUGGAGGAAAAGCUUGUUGAGAACAAAGGACCCAAGAAGAUUCAUCCUAAUGUUAAAAAGAUGUGGAAAGCUAUUGCAGACAAGGAGAAUAAUACAUUAGAAACUAUACUUGAGGCAAUGGAGUGUGACCUUGAGAGUGCAUGUAACACACAGGACCCCAGCGAUGGUAAUACUGCACUUCAUAAGGCUGCUAUUGCUGCCAAACCUGAUAUGGUCACUCAAAUCCUGUCUGCUGGCGGUGACCCGUGCAUUAAAAACAAUCAACUCCAAACUCCGUACGCCGCGUCACCUCACCAUGAAACACGAAUCGCAUUCAGACUGUUCCAAGCUCAAAAUCCAGAGAAAUACAAUUAUUCAAAGUCGCAAAUUCCUGGUCCCAUUACAACCGAACAGUUAGAACAAGAGAAAGAGAAAAAGGCACAACAGAAACGUGCUAAACGUCAGCGCGAGAAAGAGAGACAGAUUGACAAACUGAAGGCUAACGCUUUCACACAACUCACGGACGCAGAAAAGAGAAAAUCACCUGAGGACCGAUGUUUCUUGUGCGGCUCUCAACUACCAAAGGUGCCUUUCGAGUACGAUGACUGCAAGUUCUGCAAGAUACCCUGUUUGCACAGCCAUCGGAACAUCAGACCGUUGAACAAAAGUGUGGAAUAA